CUCGUUUCUCGGCGCCGGAGAGUGCGGGACCAGGGCUGGAGAGACCGCCGGGGUGUAUCAGCAGAACCAGUCCAGCACGCAGCCUCGCCUGGCCGACCGCUGCGCCGUGCACUCUUCUUGGGGGACUGCACACCAUUCCUGUGAAAUAUAACUGCUUUUAAUGGCAUGUGGCUUGUAACUUUACUUCUGCUGUAUUCUUUGCAAGAAGUCAACAGUGAGGAUGUUGUCUCCACGCGGCUGUACUUUGUGAACGCCUCCCUGCAGCGGGUGACCUUCUCCAGCUCGGUGGGGGUGUCCCUGCCCUGCCCUGCGGGCGGCGCCCCCCAUGCCGUCCUGCGCUGGUACCUUGCUGCCGGAGACGACAUUUAUGACGUGCCCCAUAUCCGCCAUGUGCAUGCCAACGGUACCCUCCAGCUCUACCCAUUCUCCCCAUCGGCCUAUAACAGCAUUAUCCAUGACAACGAGUACUUCUGCACUGCGGAGAACCAAGCAGGCAAGAUUCGGAGCCCCAGCAUUCACAUCAAAGCAGUGUUCAGGGAGCCCUACACAGUCCGUGUGGCCGACCAGCGCUCCAUGCGGGGUAAUGUUGCCGUGUUCAAGUGCCUCAUCCCCCCAGCCGUGCAGGAGUACGUCAGCGUGGUGUCCUGGGAGAAAGACACGGUCUCAAUCGUCCCAGGUAACCGUUUUUUCCUGACCUCUUUUGGCGCACUGUAUAUCUCCGAGGUGCAGAAGGAAGAUGCUCUGUCCACCUACCGCUGCAUCACAAAGCACAAGUACAGUGGAGAGACUCGCCAAAGCAAUGGAGCCAGGCUCUCUGUUAUGGACCCUACGGAGUCCACCCCGUCAGUGCUGGACAGUUUUCAGUCCGGUGAGGUACAAGUUGGGCACAGUGUGGAGCUGCCCUGUAUCGCUUCCGGGUACCCAAACCCCACCAUCCGAUGGCUGAAGGAUGGUCGGCCGCUACCCGCAGACUCCCGCUGGACGCGCCGCAUCACCGGCCUCACCAUUUCGGAUUUGAGGCUCGAGGACAGUGGCAACUACAUCUGUGAGGUCACCAACAGCUUCGGAUCCAAAGAGGUGACGGGUCACCUCAACGUCAUAGAGCCACUGCGCGUCACCUUGUCUCCCAAGAACCUCAAGACGGGGAUCAGCAGCACAGUCAUCCUGUCCUGCGCUGUCCAGGGUUCCCCGCACUUUACGGUGUCUUGGUACCGUAACACAGAAUCUGUGCUGCCCGAUCAGCACUUUUCCAUCCAGGGGGCUCACAAUGAGACACUGUUCAUUUCCGCUGCACAAAAGAGACACUCAGGAGCUUACCAGUGCUUUGCCACGCGCAAAUGCCAGACUGCCCAAGACUUCUCCAUCAUACUACUGGAAGAUGGCACACCCCGCAUCGUCGCCUCCUUCAGCGAGAAGGUGGUGGUCCCGGGUGAGCCGUUUUCCCUGAUGUGCGCUGCCAAAGGAGCCCCUCCGCCCACCAUCACCUGGACCCUGGACGACGAGCCUGUGGCCCGGGACCUGUCCCGCGUCAGAACCAGCCAGUACACGCUGUCGGACGGGAGCACCGUGAGCCACGUCAACAUCAGCAGCCCUCAGAUCCGCGACGGAGGAGUGUAUCGGUGCGCCGCACGAAACUCGGCCGGUAGUGCCGAGUACCAAGCGCGCAUAAACGUAAGAGGUUCUCCAAGGAUUCGGCCCAUGAAAAACAUCACUGCAGUGGCGGGAAGAAACUCUUUCAUAAACUGUCGUGUGAUUGGGUACCCUUAUUAUUCAAUAAACUGGUACAAGGAGGGGCUUCUGCUGCCUGAUAAUCAUCGCCAGGUGGUCUAUGAAAAUGGAACUCUGAAGCUAAGUGACGUUCAGAAGGGGAUGGACGAGGGGGCCUAUGUCUGCAGCGUGCUCAUCCAACCCCAGCUCUUCAUCACGCAGACCGUCUAUGUUACCGUCAAAGUUCCUCCGCUGAUCCAGCCGUUUGACUUUCCGCCGACUUCCAUCGGUAAAUUGAUGUACAUCGCCUGCGUGGUGUCGUCCGGAGACAUGCCCAUACGCAUCGCAUGGCGCAAGGACGGGCAGGAGAUCGUGCCCUCUUCAGGCAUCACCAUAGACACAAAGGAGUUCAUGAGCUCUCUCCAGAUAUCCAAGGUGUCGCUCAAACACAACGGCAACUACACCUGCAUUGCCAGCAAUGAUGCUGCCACCGUCAGCACGGAGAGGCAGCUCACAGUCACAGUGCCUCCAAGAUUUGUGGUUCAGCCCAAUAACCAGGAUGGGAUCUACGGGAAGGCAGGCAUCCUAAACUGUUCAGUCGACGGAUACCCUCCUCCUAAAGUCAUGUGGAAGCAUGCCAAAAGUGCACUAGCGGGUAUUGGCAAUCCACAGCAGUACCACCCCGUGCCUCUGACGGGCCGCAUCCAGAUCAUGAGCAACGGCUCUCUGCUCAUCAGACAUGUUUUGGAAGAAGAUCGUGGAUUUUACCUGUGUCAGGCCUCCAACGGCGUUGGCUCAGACAUCAGCAAGAGCAUGGUCCUCACCGUUAAGAUCCCAGCUAUGAUCACCAGUCACCCCAACACCACCUUGGCGAAGAAGGGUCACUUAAAGGAGCUGAACUGCACAGCCAGGGGAGAAUGGCCCAUCAUCAUCCGCUGGGAGAGAGGCGACACAGUCAUUGACCCCGACCGCAACCCCCGAUACUCCAUCACCACUAGUCCCAAUGAGAAGACGGACGAAGUGUUGUCCACACUCAAGCUAAAGCCAGCAGAGCGUGAGGAUUCAGUUUUCUUCUCCUGUCAUGCCAUUAACUCUUAUGGAGAAGGACGUGGCCUUAUCCAGCUCACUGUGCAAGAGCCCCCAGACCCUCCAGAGUUGGAGGUGCGUGAAGUGAAAGACCGCAGUAUGAAUCUUCGGUGGACACAGAGAUUCGAUGGAAACAGCGUCAUUACCUCCUAUGAUAUUGAGUAUAAGAACAAAACAGAUUCCUGGGAGCUGAAGCAUGCCACUCGAAACAUCUCCCCUACCAACAAUCAGGCGAACAUAGUGGACCUGCACCCCGCCUCCGUCUACAGCAUCCGCAUGUACUCCUACAAUGCGAUAGGCAAAAGCGAGGCCAGUAAGGAACUCACCAUUAGCACAGAGGAAGCGCAGCCGGACGGUCCUCCUAUGGAGGUGAUUCUGCAGCCAGUAACCUCUCAGAGUAUCAGGGUCACCUGGAAGGCUCCGAGGAAGGAGCUGCAGAACGGGGUGAUCCGAGGUUACCAGAUCGGUUACAGAGAGAACGGCCCGGGCAGUAACGGGCAGUACAGCAUUGUGGAGAUGAAGGCCACUGGAGACAGUGAGGUCUACACACUGGACAACCUGAAGAAGUUUGCCCAGUAUGGUGUGGUGGUCCAGGCCUUCAACAGAGCUGGCACAGGACCCUCUAGCUCAGAGAUCAAUGCAACAACACUGGAAGAUGUGCCCAGCCAGCCCCCUCAGACCGUCCGGGCCAGUUCUGUGACAUCAGACGAGGCCGUGAUCACAUGGGCUGAGCCUCCCAGGACGACGCUGCAUGGCGUAUUGAAGGGCUACCGCGUCGUGUUCUGGACUGUCUUUCCUGAUGGAGGUGUGUUGAGUGUGUAUCGUCUUUCUUGUGGCACCAUGAUUAGGAACAGCUUUGCCAUUGUUCCGAACAUUGCACACUUUAUGCCCUUUUCAGAAUGGGGCGAAAUGCAAAACAUCACAACCAUCAAAGAGCAGGUGGAGCUCAGAGGCUUGGAGAAGUUCACCAACUACAGCAUCCAGGUUCUGGCGUACACCCAGGCUGGAGACGGUGUCCGUAGCAACGUCCUGUACAUCCAAACCCGUGAAGACUACCCUGGACCCCCCGCAGGCAUCAAAACUGUGCCCUCCUCUGCCAGCAGUGUUGUGGUGUCCUGGUUACCUCCACACAAGCCAAAUGGAAUCAUCCGCAAAUACACCAUCUACUGCUCCAGCCCGGGCUCUGGCCAACCACUGCCCAGUGAGUACGAAGUCAAUCCAGAGCUACUUUUCUACAGAAUCACUCACCUCAACCACAGGCAGCAGUACCUGAUCUGGGCUGCAGCUGUCACCACUGCAGGCCGGGGUAACUUUAGUGACAAGGUCACUGUGGAGCCAGCAGCCAAGGCCCCAGCUAAGAUCCUGUCCUUUGGGGGCACAGUGACCACUCCCUGGAUGAAGGAGGUGCGACUGCCCUGUAGCUCAGUGGGAGAACCUACACCUACUAUAAAAUGGACCAAAGACAGUGAGGACACAGCCAUCCCAGUGUCUCUUGAUGGACAACGUCUCAUUCUGGCCAAUGGGACGCUGGUGCAGCGCUCUGUAAAAGCUGAAGAUUCUGGUUACUACACCUGCACUGCAACCAACACGCUGGGGUUUGACACCAUCAUCGUCAACCUAUUGGUUCAAGUCCCUCCAGACCAGCCUCGUCUGACCGUUUCCACCACCUCCACCUCCUCCAUCACGCUGGCUUGGAUACCAGGAGACAACGGAGGCAGCUCAAUCAGAGGUUUCGUGCUGCAGUACUCUGUUGACAACACAGAGGAGUGGAAAGAUGUUUUCAUCAGUUCUAGUGAACGCUCCUUCAAAUUGGAAAACCUGCGCUGCGGCACCUGGUACAAAGUAAAGUUGGCUGCAAAGAACAGUGUUGGGGCUGGACGCAUCAGCGAGAUCAUUGAGGCAAAGACCCACGGGCGAGAACCCCAGUUCAACAAGGAUCAGCCAGUCUUCACUCAUAUUAAUUCCAGCCACGCCCGCCUCAACCUGCAGGGUUGGGCCAGCGGAGGCUGUCCAAUCAGCGCUGUCACCCUCGAGUUUAGACCAGAAGGUACAUGGGCCUGGCAGCAUGUACGGACCAAUGCCACCACAGACGUGUUUCUGGCGGAGCUACGUGAGGCAACCUGGUACGAGUUGAAGAUGAAGGCCUGUAACAGCGCUGGCUGUGGCAACCAGAGCUCCCAAUUUGCAACACUGGACUAUGAUGGCAGCACGAUUCCUCCAAUCAAAUCCCCCCUGGAAAAGAACGAUGAUGUCAAGAAGCUGUUUUCCAUUGGCUGUCCUGUGAUCUUGGUCACGCUGGGCGUCGCGCUGCUCUUCAUCAUUCGCAAGAAACGCAAAGAAAAGAGGCUGAAGAGACUAAGAGAUGCCAAAAGCCUGGCAGAGAUGCUGAUCAGUAAAAACAACCGCAGCUUUGACACCCCAGUGAAGGGACCUCCUCAGGGCCCACGGUUACACAUUGACAUCCCCAGAGUGCAGCUGCUAAUUGAAGACAAAGAAGGCAUCAAGCAAAUCGGUGAGGACAAAGCCACCAUCCCUGUGACAGACACUGAGUUCAACCAAACUGGCAACCCUCAGAGCUUCUGCACAGGUGUGUCCGUCCAUCACCCUGCCCUCAUCCAGAACACCGGCCCUUUGAUUGACAUGUCGGAUAUUAGACCAGGAACCAACCCCGUGUCGAGGAAGAGUGUGAAGUCAGCCCACAGCAUCCGGAACCGCUACUCCAGUCAGUGGACUCUGACCAAGUGCCACGCCUCCACGCCGGCCCGCACUCUCACCUCAGACUGGCGCACAGUUGGCUCUCAGCACGGCAUCACUGUGACAGAGAGUGACAGCUACAGCGCCAGCCUUUCGCAAGAUACAGAUAAGGGUCGCAACAGCAUGGUGUCGACGGAGAGCGCCUCCUCAACUUACGAGGAGUUGGCGAGAGCAUAUGAGCAUGCCAAGCUGGAGGAGCACCUGCAGCAUGCCAAAUUUGAAAUUACUGAGUGCUUUAUCUCCGAUAGCUCAUCUGACCAGAUGACCACCGGUACCAAUGACAAUGCAGAUAGCAUGACGUCCAUGAGCACGCCCUCUGAGCCCGGUAUCUGCCGUUUCACUGCCUCGCCACCCAAACCCCAGGACUACGAUCGGGGCAAGAAUGUAGCUGUGCCCAUCCCGCACCGCGCCAAGAGUGACUACUGCAACCUUCCCCUCUACAUGAAGUCUGAUCCAUUCUUUCGAAAGCAGCCGGAGCAUCAUGACCCAUGUCCAGUAGUUCCACCUCGUGAGGCCUCUAUCCGCGGCCUGGCGCAGCGAGCGUACCACACCCAGGGCCGUCAUGUGACUAUGGACUCUGCAAAGCAGCAGGCCCUGACCAUGGGCCACUCUGGCCUGUCCAGCCUCACUUCCUCCUCCUCUGGAGGAGGAGCAACAGGCGGCUGCGGCGGAAGUAGCGGAGGGGCAUCUGCCAGCUCCAGCAGCUCCACACUACCCCAGAGGACUCUCACCAUGCCAGGCUCUUCUUCCUCAGUGGCCCAGUGUGCUGCGGCGGCUGCUGCUACUGCCGCGGCUGCCGCAGCCUUAUCCUCCGGCGCCACGGGGGGGACUCCUGGAGGGGCCUCCUCCAAGAUGGGAGGAUCCAGAGACUCUCUGCUGGAGAGCAGCUCGUCCGGCCUAGGCAGACUACAGAAGCAGAGGGAUGGAGGGGCGGGGGCUUACUCCAAGUCAUACACGCUGGUGUAGCCAGCCAUCACCGCGGCCUGUCACUGUAACUCUCAAUGGAAUAUUGGUCGAGCCGGCGCUGACCUGGAGCCUCUACGGAAAGGUGGGAUGAGGAACAUACACAUGCACAGCUGAUCUGUCAGUGCCUGCGCUGUGGCAGGCUGCAGGGGCCUGGUUGAGUUCCCAUUGACACCAAUGAAGGGGUCAGAGAUGGGUCUCCACACCACAGGGGUUUGCCUUUCUUUCUGCCUGAUUGCUUUCUAUUAUUAAUGUGUCAUCUUUCUCUAUCCCUAAUUUCAUCACCCUGGAAAUCACUUGCCAAAACAUAAAUGAUUUAUCUGUUCACCAUAUAUUUUCUGGCAAGGACAGAGAACUUAUGCACAAAAUGCUUUCCACAUUUACUGUCUUGUUUUCCUGGAUCAAGACAGUCCCAAAGUGAGCCAGGCUACUCGUGUUUUUUAGGUUUUUCAAUGCGUUACUUUGUUGGUCUCUGAUGGAAGAAGAGCUCAUAUCACAGCAUUGUGCCGUUGCAGGAUGCCUUUACUCUGUGCAUAAAUGGCUGCGGGAGGUUACACCAUCAUGAAUUCACACCUUAGAGGCAGAAAAGUAACUGUCGCCUCAAUACCAGUUUUAAGUUGUAGUGAUUGGUCUUACACAAGCAAUGGAUGAAACAGCAGAGUGGUGUUAGUUGAUGCUUUUAGAAACACACAGAAAGCUGAGGAGAUUCAGAAAUGAAUCUAAACCCCUCCCGCCCCCCCCCAUCAGUUUUCUGUUUAUUUUUUGUUCCAAUUUUGAUCCAAGAUUACAGAAACCUUCACAAGCCUUUGUGUGGGUGUAUAUGUGUAAAUAUAUAUAUGAAUACAUGUGGCAGGCACACACCAACAGUGGACCUUUUUAAAAUCAAUCAGUAUGCUGACCUCUCUGGCAGACGUCUGUGCCGAAUCGCCCUCCACAUGAACCUGUGAAGGGGAAUGGAAGAGUAACGGUGACGAUGCUGACGCAACAUUAUGAUAUCCAAACGUGGUUCGGCAUCUUGUAGUUUGUUUUCAAGUGUGAUUGACAUAAUUGCUUCAGAAAUUAUUCCACGGGUAAGUCGGUUCAAGGGAGAGCAAUUACAGACGAAAGAGGUUCCUUUCAGCUAAAAACGAUGUGCCACAGGGCCAUUUUCCUUUGUUAACUCACCUCACCUGUAUCCACUUUUCCAUUUUUAUCCUUCCCCAUUCCCACCCAUCCAGUCCCCCGUCAUAUCCAUACAGUGUCACUGUGACCUACUGGCUAUUUAAAAGACAGACUGAGAGAAGAAGUCUAAUAUGCACAGACAGGCAGACAUUUUACUUGAUGUUCAUCACAACUUGAAUGGAGAAAGAAGUUGCAACAAAUAUAUUAAGAUGUAUACACAAAAGAAAUCCUAAAUUUAUGAACAUACAGUGACUUUGAGAGAAUAGAAAAACUAGGAGAGGGGGAUACAAAGCAAAGAGAAAUAUGUCCAGAAGUCCAGAACUAAAAGAUGUUUUAAAGUCCCUGCACCUCACUGAAAUUUAUUUUAGCUUUAUGCAUGGUACUAUAUCUGCUAAAUCCAAGUCCCCCCCCCCAUCUCUUCUCCCAAAGCUUAAUCCCAUAACAAAGAUUGUUCCAAAAAAAUGAGUGGCUCCAAAUGUUUUGCAAUGGUAAAACUUAACAUCAGGGCUCUCGCAAUAGAAAAAAGUAAAAAGAUAUGAUAUAUGUUUGUUUUCAAAAGUAUGUACAUAUAUAUUUCUAUUCAAAUAUAUAGCAAAUAUAGGAAUAUUGAAAAAAAAGCAGAGUAAUAUAAAAGCCGUUCUAAUUGAAAAUAUAUUUAAAAGAUCACAAGACAAUCGCUCAAAGUGAAAAACUGCAAGAAGGAAAGAUGAAAAAGAGGGGUGGCUCCGAUGGGUAUCCGAGCCACGGACACACAGCCAUCUUUUAGAGAAAGAAAGUGAUGUGAUGUUUAAGGAAUGAUCCCGUGACCCCCUUGUGAUUCUGUAAAUGUUCCAGCUGCGGCGCAUAUGCAGCCGGCCCUUGCAGCUGAGAGGUCAAGCACCGCAAAGUCAAAGUAUAGUGUGAGGUUGUGUCGGUGGUUAACUCUGGUCGAUGCUCAGUGCACAACGUGUGGUGAUGAUAAAUAAAACACUAAAACAAGGACAGCCUUUACAGUAAGUGAGCCUGUUGUAAUAUGUUCCAUUGUACCUGCCGAAAAGGUGUAUUCACAAACUCAAUGCCAUUACCUGACCAUAAUUAAUGAAGACAAACCGCAAAAAAAAAGUAUUUCUGCUUCAUAUCUAUGUCAAAGUGAGUCCUCCCCAAACUCCGGGUCUGCAGGCUAAAACCAAUCCAAUCAUAUUAAUGCUCCCUUUCAUUUUGAAUUUGGUUAAGAAAUCACUCUAGCUGACCCGCGUCAAAGGGUACGAUGCGUUUUGGCCGUUAUGUUUCAAGUCGUGCAAAUACUUGUUCCCAGUAAAAGUUCGGAAAUGGGGGAAUUCUGUUUCAGCAACCAAAAACAGUCGUAUGGAUAUUGGAUGGAGGGAUGAAACCAACCUCUUUCUGACACGCUUUCCCUAUUCCUUCUGUGAAGUUGUCUCUACAGAAAAACACUGAUCUACUCAGUUUGCUAAAAGUAUAUGGAAUGUAUACCUUUUAAGGAAAAUGACUCCCUUUGUUGCUUUUACACUGUUACUAAGAAUAUCAGUGGUUUUACCGAGGUCAUGUGCUGGCUGCUCUUAGUUGUGUUUUUACAGUCUGACCCAACAAAA